ACGAGGGGUCGUCUAUCGAAGUGUUGAAAAACAUGGACAUGGCAUCUUUAUCAUCACCCACAGCAUGCUAAAGUGAUGUUUUGGAAACAGGAUUUGGGUUACUCGCCAUCAUAAUCAAUUGUUUGGAGAAAAAAAUUAGGGGGGAAAUGCCAAGGCCUGGUUGCAGCUAUGACUGCAACGACCACAACGCAGAGAGACCACGAAGUCGAGGCUACCUUGUGGAAUUAUUAAAAGGAAGAAUCACAAAGCAGAAAGGUUUCCCACUUCGAUGCCAGUGAGACAAACUUGAGGAAUAUUUGGAGAAGAAGAAGAUGCAUCUGCAGUAAACACUGAAAUACUUUCAUCCGUACAGAAGUGGGGCAUUUUGUAGAUAGUGAGAUUGAAUCUAGUUGCAGGUGAGAUGCCAUAAUCCAUGUGAGACAGUGAGACAUCAUGGACUCCUGGAUCUUCCCCUCGUCCCCUCCGAACCUGACGGAGCACCUCAUGUACUGACAGCUUCAUGCAGAGCAAUGACUCCGACUUCCAUGGGAACUACACAGACCACAGCUUCAACAAAACCAGCACGGUGGUCAUCACCUGCAUGUACUUUCUGGUUUGCACUGUGGGGCUCUGCGGAAACGCCCUCGUCAUCUAUGUCAUCCUGCGCUACGCCAAGAUGAAGACAGUUACUAACAUCUACAUCCUCAACCUGGCAGUGGCUGACGUGCUCUUCAUGCUGGGCCUGCCGUUCAUCGCCAUCCAGCUGGCGCUGGUCCACUGGCCGUUCGGCCCUGUGCUCUGCAGGGUGGUGAUGACGGUCGACUCCCUGAACCAGUUCACAUCCAUCUUCUGCCUGAUGGUCAUGAGCAUCGACCGCUACCUGGCUGUGGUGCAUCCCAUUAAGUCCACAAAGUGGCGCAAGCCACACAUGGCCAAGACUAUUAACUUAACAGUGUGGGGGGUGUCCCUGAUGGUGAACCUGCCCAUCGUUAUCUACAGCGGCGUCAUCACAAAGCACGACGGCUGCUUCUGCACCAUCGUGUGGCCCGAGCCUCAAGAGGCUUACUACACAGCGUUCAUGUUCUACACCUUCAUCCUGGGCUUCUUCCUGCCCCUCAUGGUCAUCUGCCUUUGCUACUUGUUCAUCAUCUUUAAGGUGAAGUCCUCAGGCAUCCGUGUGGGCUCCUCCAAGAGGAAGCGCUCAGAGCGGAAGGUGACCCGGAUGGUGUCCAUCGUGGUGGCGGUGUUCGUCUUCUGCUGGCUGCCUUUCUACGUUUUCAACGUCACCUCAGUGACGGGGACCAUCAGCACCACUCCCGUCCUGAGGAGCACCUUUGCUUUUGUGGUGGUUCUGGGAUACGCCAACAGCUGCGCCAACCCCAUCCUCUACGCCUUCCUGUCGGAGAAUUUCAAGAAGAGUUUCCAGAAUGUUCUGUGUCUCAAGAAGGUGGGUGGGCUGGACGAGGCUGAUCGCAGCGAUAGCCGGCAGGAUAAGUCUCGCAUGAUAAAUGACCCGACAGAGACCCAAAGUACUCUGCUGAAUGGGGACCUGCAGACAAGCAUCUGAGAGGAAGGUGAUGAACUCGCAUACACUCUCUCAUACGGAGUCAUACAUAUCUGGAAUCUCUAAGGUCACAUCAAAGAGGAAGAGGACAUUAUUAAAGAAGGGGUUCACAGAGGAACAUGUCCCUUGUUAAGGAGGACAAAGCAACAACAGAAUGUCAAACUGCACCGUUCCUCUAUCUGCCUUUGACACAUUGUUAGCUUUCACCUGGCUGUAAACAAAUCCAUCCAUACAUAAUCGGGAGUUCAUACAACUGUUUGCUCUAUUCUGUAAAUGAAAAUGAAAUCUGUUAGCCGUUUUGUUCCGUGUAUUGACUCUGAGGUAAAGUAGAACGUACACUAACGCCCACUCGCAAAUGGUCCUCUGGGUGACAUGAAGAUUUACUGGAGAACCAGGAUUAAAUACAUAGUUUACAGCAGAGGGCCUGUGCCAAGUUUCCACAGUCCUGUAUUGUGUAAAAAAUAAAAACAUAACAGCGUGAUCAUGUGCUGUAAAACAACAUCCUGUUGUUAAAGCUGGCAACCUUAUCAUUCCUCUGUUUGUGUUCCUGUCUCGUUUGAAUGCAAAUAACUGUACAGAAAACAUCAAAGCAACUGUGAGAAAAGUCAAAGGAUUUUAUAUUUAGUGUCAUGUAGUUUCAAACUCUAAAUCUGACUUGUGAAUAAGUAACAACUUUUUUCCAGACACGGAACAGAAUUAAUGUCAGUGCCCUUGAUGUGUUUUGUAGUACAGUCUGAUUCAAUUUGUGACCAAUUUUACUUGUGAAGAAAUAUAUCAAAUCUAAAUGUGAACAGUGUUCAAUCAGCGGGAAAAUAUGUUUGUCUCGUGUCACCCGUUGCUUCAAUAUAGCUACAUGCAUAAUUUAUAUUUCAUUAAUGGUACUGGCUCGAUAUACCGAGCCAAGCCUCCAACCAAAGUGCUGCUAAGAUGUAUAAAAACUCUACCAUAAUGUUGUAUAGUAUUAGAUGACGUAAUGCCACUGUAUGCCUGAUUCCACUCGACUGAAUGUAUGUUGGGAACUGUUCUUUCUCAUGGUUUAUUUACCAUUAUUUAUGUAUAUCAUGGAAUAAUGUUGCUGUUAUUGUUUGCAGUUGUUGCAGUAACUGCUUUUGACCAAAAUGGCAGACUGCAUGGUUCUAAAUGAUUCAAUAUGAAUACUGGGUUGUGGCUUCGUGUUUUUCAUUUUAGAGCAUAAUACCUGCUCAGAUUAUUUAACUCCCAAGAAGCGGAUGGGACACUAUCCUGAAAGAAAGUCGUGAACUGGGAUUUAAGGUGGAUUUACACAUAUUUAAUUUCAAACACAUAUUCAGUAUAUUGUUGUUUCACUGUGUUGUAUUACAGAACAAUCUGUUUGGUAGCUGUCUGUAUGCUUUUAGUAACUCCUUUGUUAAACUUAAACUUUUCAAAUGUGAGGGGCUUAGCUUGUCCCAUGCUGUCUCCCAUUGCAAGCUACUUAUAAAGACUUCUUAUAAUGACACUGACUCAUCCUCCUCUUACAAUCAGUGGCAUUUUGGGAGGCCAUAUUUCAAGUGUGUUUUUCUGUGUCUGAGUGACGUGAAUUUGUUAAGGGCUAGAACACUUAUCCUCAAGAGGCGCUGGUGUUCCUUUAUCAUCAUGAUCACUGUGCUGCUCCAGUGGAACAUUUUAUCGUGAAAUAAAGUCUGUGUGUGUUGCAUUCA